AUGGAUAGUUUGACCAGUGAAAACAAUAGUGGUAAUGGUGGAAGUGACAGUGUUAGUGUUAGUGUUAGUAGUGGUAAUGGAGAUGUAGUAGUUGAGACAGUGGAUACAACUACAGCCACAACCACAGCUACAACUACAACUACAAAUACAUCUGCAACCACAUCGAGAAAACCAGGUGAAGCGCCAAUCAAAUCAGAGUUUCUCAAGGCAAACAGAAAGAGAACCAAUGAAGAGAUGGAAGCUGAUGAGAAAGCUCAAUCCACCACUUCGACAGUUCCACAAACCACUGGCAAGCCAAAGAAAGUAAAGAAACAAAAGAGUGAAUACAUUCCUGAAUCCGAUAGGUUAUGUCAAGUUUUCUUAAAAGAGAAAUCAUGUCCUUAUGGUGAUAGUUGCAAGUAUAGUCAUGAUCUACAAAAGUAUCUGUCUACAAAGCAACCGUCUUUAGGAAAAUGCUAUCUCUACGAGACCUACGGAGAAUGUAAAUACGGAAUCAAAUGUCUCUUUGGUGGUGAUCAUAUCGAUGGUAUCAACUCGAUUGUCAACAAAGAGGUUAGUGAUAAAUGUGACCAAUCACAACACCAACUACAAAACGAUGUAUCCAACGACAUUAGAGUAAUGCUUACAAAGAAAAAAUAUCCAUUCAAAAAGACUGAAGAGUAUUUCAUUAAAAACAAUCUAGAACUUAGAAGAAAUCAAAAGGGUAACAAAAACAAUAACAACAACAACAAAAAGGAAACUAAAUCAGAAGAGUCAAAAGAGGAUAGUAAUGUUAAUGCUGCUAAAGUAGAUGUCAAAGUAGAAGAAACAACAACAACAACUGAUGCUACUACAACUCAAACAGAAGAUAAUAAUAGCAAUGUUUCUCUUAUUAAACAAUCACAUGAAGGUGUAGAGUAUCAUGUUGAAGUACCUUUGAAACCACAGGAGAAGAAAAAGCUCGAUUGGAAGAAUCAAUUGUAUUUGGCACCGUUGACAACCGUUGGUAACUUACCGUUCAGACGUAUCUGUAAGUCGUUGGGUGUCGAUAUUACCUGUGGUGAGAUGGCGUUGGCAUCGAAUAUCGUGCAGGGUCACAAAGGUGAGUUGGCACUGUUGAAGCGUCAUCCAUCUGAAGACAAAUUCGGUGUACAGCUGUGUGGCCCUCACUUGGACUCGAUGAUGUCCAGUGCCGAGUUCAUCGAAGACAACCUCAAUGUCGAUUUCGUCGAUGUCAACUCGGGUUGCCCGAUCGAUCUCAUCUGUAAUAUGGGUGCGGGUGCCGCUAUGAUGGACCGUCAGAACCGUAUGGAAAUGAUCCUCCGUGGAAUGUCCAGUGUUCUGACAUGCCCACUCACCAUAAAACUACGUGUCGGUCGUACCGAAGAGAAUCCGAACGCCCACAAAAUCAUCCCGAAUCUCGGUAGCUGGGGUGCACAAGCGGUGACCGUCCACGGUCGUUCUCGUACACAACGUUAUACCAGACUUGCAAAUUGGGAGUACAUCAAGCAAUGUGCUGAAAUCUCACCGAUUCCAGUCAUUGGAAAUGGUGAUAUCUAUAAUUGGAGAGAUAUUGAAAAAUCAUCGGAUUCAAUCUCUGCUUUGAUGGUUGCAAGAGGUGCUCUUAUUAAACCAUGGAUUUUCACAGAGAUCAAAGAGAAAAGAGAUUGGGAUAUCAGUGCAUCCGAAAGAUUGGAUUUGGUGAAGCAAUUUGCUAACUAUGGUCUUGAUCAUUGGGGAUCUGAUCAACUUGGAGUUGACAAUACAAGACACUUUUUGUUGAAUUGGUUAUCGUUCUCUCAUAGAUAUGUACCAGUUGGUAUUUUGGAAACAUCCUACUCAAAGAUCAAUGAGAGACCACCAGGUUACUUUGGUCGUUCCGAUUUGGAGACACUGUUAGCCAGUAACCAAGUAUCGGAUUGGAUCAAGAUUUCCGAGAUGUUUUUAGGACCUGUUCCAUCAAACUAUGACUUUAUUCCAAAGCAUAACUCAAAUUCCUAUGAUGCUCAAGGUUAA